AUGGCACGCAUCCUGAGUGUGGCAUCUCUCUUUUUCAUUUUGACUAAGCUCAGCACUGGCCAGAGAGAAGUCACAGUUCAAAAAGGACCACUGUAUAGAACUGAAGGUUACUCAGUCAGCAUUGGCUGCAACGUAACAGGCCACCAGGGACCUUCUGAGCAGCACUUCGAGUGGUCUGUGUACCUGCCGACAGAUCCGGCUCAAGAAAUCCAGAUCAUUAGCACCAAGGACACCAACUUCGCCUACACAGUGUAUGCACAGCGAGUGCAGAAGGGGGACAUCUAUGUGGAGAGGGUGCAGGGCAACUCCGUUUUGUUGCACAUCUCAACACUCCAGAUGAAGGAUGCUGGUGUGUAUGAAUGUCACACUCCCAGCACUGAUGAGAAAUAUUAUGGGAGUUAUAGUGCAAAGACUAAUCUCACCGUUCUGCCAGACACCCUGUCUGCCACCAUGAGCCCCAAGACUCUCAGCAAGGAAGAAGGUGAAUUCUUAGAACUGGUCUGCGAGGCCUCCAAAGCCACAGCCCAUCACACACACCUCUCUGUCACCUGGUACCUGAGGCCCAAUGGAGAACGAGCUCAAGCCACCGAGAUCGUUUCUCUCUCCAAAGAUUUGGUGCUGAUCCCUGGACCGUCGUAUAAACAGCGGUUUGAGGCAGGUGAUGUACGGCUGGACAAGCUUGGGGUCACAACCUACAGGCUGUCCCUAGGGAGAGUGCAGCCCUCAGAUGAAGGCCAGCUGUUCUGUGAGGCAGCCGAGUGGGUUCAGGAUCCAGAUGACAACUGGACUUGCAUCGCGAACAAGAAGACGGCUCCCACCACUCUGAAGAUCCAGCCAGCGGGGUUUCAAGUCAACAUUACAGCUGAGAGCACAUUUGCAGAACAGGAACCCUUAGAACUCCAUUGCCUGGUGCAGGGCAAUGGCAGCAACCAACAGCUUCAGGGCGUUUGGUUCUUCAAUGGGACACAAAUUGCCCACAUGGAUGCUGAUGGAGUCCUGGGUCUGAGCAAAGAUUACGAAAAGAGAGCAAGUCAAGGACAGCUGCAGGUUUCAAAAUUAAACCACAAGGCUUUCUCCCUCAAGAUCUUCUCUGUGGGCCGAGAGGACGAAGGUGCCUACAGCUGCACUGUGUCAGAGGUGGUGAGAAAUCAGACGGGCUCCUGGCAGGAGCUUCAGAGAAAGCAGUCAGCGGUCAACCACGUGUACCUGAAGAAGCCAGCAGCGAGAAGUGUGAUGGUGUCAACUAAGAACAAGCAACAGGCUGUGUGGGAAGGAGAGCCGCUCACCCUCCUCUGCCAGGUGGGGGGAGCAGCCCAUCCGCUGUCUGUGAGCUGGUGGCACACCCCGCAGGACCAGACCCAGCCUGAGCUGGUGGCUGCCAUGACACAGGAUGGCACUGUGCAGCUGGGAGCCUCCUCUAGGGGACACGGUAACCAUGGUAACGCAAGGCUGGAGAAGGGCGACUGGGCCACCUUCCAGCUGGAGAUCACCUCUGCCACUGUCACGGACAGUGGCACGUAUGAGUGCAGAGUGUCUGAAGGGACCUGGAGGCAGGCCAGAAAUCUGAGCUGGACUGAAAGGACUGCAGUGACCGUCAAGUCUCUGCAGUCAAGUUUACAAGUUAAUCUGCUGAGCCGUCAACCACAAGUGAAGUUAACCAACACAGUUGACUUGUCCUGCAUCGUUGUUGCCAACUACAAUAAUCUCAGGUAUCCACUGACCAUGACAUGGCAAUUCCAGCCAGCUGGGUCUCAUGUCUUCCAGCAGCUUAUCCAGAUCACCUACAAUGGCACUAUUGAGUGGGGGAAUUUCCUACCCCAGUUCCAAAGGAAGACGAAGGUGUUGCAAUCUUCGUGGCGUUCUCAACUCCUAAUCUACGAUGCUGCUGAGGAAGAGACGGGGAUGUACAGGUGUCAAGUGCAAGUUUAUGACAGAAAUGUCCUACAAACAAAUGCAUUUGCAAGGGCCUCUGCCAUCUCUCACCCUGUGAAGGUAGACAUCACUUUACCAGAGAGCAAGCUAAAAGUGAAUUCAAGCAGCCAAUUCCUAGAGAUCUCUCCCAACUCCAACAUCAACAUAGAAUGCAGCAUUUUGUCCUGGUCCACUGGAAACCUUCACUUUGCUGUUAUUUGGUAUUUCUCUGUUUCUACGAAUGCACCCUGGCUGAAGGUCCUUGAAAUGGACCAAACCAAUAUUGUGAAAUACGGGGAUGAAUUUCUCACCCCUUGGAAGAAACAAAAAUUUCACACUGAGAAAGUUUCCCAGGACUUGUUUCAACUGCACAUUCUGGGUGUGGAUAACAGCGACCAGGGCCACUAUCACUGUGUGGUAGAAGAGUGGCUCUUGUCUUCAAACAGCACUUGGUACAAGCUGGGACGUGAGAAGUCGGGACUAACAGAAUUGAGGCUCAAGCUCACAGGAAGUAAGCUUCGUAUCUCCAACGUGAACUGGACAGAAAAUGCUACUGAGCACAGAGAGGUAGCCAUGCGCUGUGGCCUGGAGAGCUCAGGCAGCCCAGCCUCCUUGUACUCCGUGAUGUGGUACUGGGACAGAGAGAAUUCUGGAAGUAAAAUGCUGGUACACCUGCAGCAUGAUGGCUUGCUGGAAUUUGGAGAAGGGCUUCGGGAGCGCCUGCACUGCUAUCGCUCAUCUCCUGCAGACUUCGUCCUGAAGCUUCAUCAGGUGGAGAUGGAAGAUGCUGGAAUGUACUGGUGCAGAGUGGCAGAGUGGCAGUUACACGGGCAGCCAAGCAGGUGGAUUAGCGAGGCAUCAGAUGAGUCACCACGCAUGAUGCUCACGGUGCUGCCCUCAGAACCCACAUUUCUUUCCGGAAUUUGCUCUUCCACCUCUCUGCUCUACUUCCUAGUCAUCUGCCCCUUGGUCCUGUUCCUCCUUCUGCUCCUGGCGCUGCUCUGCUGUUACCAGCAUGCCAGGAAGGUGGCGACACUGACUUUCAAGGAGCAGCAGAAGGCUCCCUGGGUGCAUCUGAGCGGGGCUGGAGACAGGACCACCGGCUGGAUGGAGGAUGGAGAGGAAGACAACUGA